GGAGCGCGCGCGUGCUGGAUAACGUGUGUUGCUAUGGCGAUCAUCAGUCAGUGAGUGAACGUGAGCACUAUGUAAACAUUCACCUGCAUACACACCUUCAUAAAAAAAAAAAAAAAAAAAACACCAAAAAAAACAAACACAAGACACGAAAUUCACUGAGGAGGAGAGAAAGUGAACAAGAGGAGGAUUUUUGCAGGGGAUUUUUUUCUUCUGCUCAGUAAGCAUUCGUCCAUAGCUGUGACUCUACGGCAUUAAGAGAGAGAUGUUUCCUCAUCACCUGGUAGUUUUGUGUUCUUUGACCCUGUUCGUGUUACGGAUCCCGGCGCAGAAACCCAACGGGCAACGGUGGUUGAUUGGGGAUAGAGACAGCCACUGUUCACCUACCUGCACAAAGUCUCAAUCCAAACCAGUGUGUGGCUCAGAUGGACGCACUUACGAUACAAGCUGUGACCUGCAGAGGGCAAAAUGCAAGGAUCGCACACUGACGCUUGACCACAGGGGCCGGUGCAAAGGUAAGAUCUAUGGGCGGAUCGAUCAGUCCUUCAUACUCACCGCUCCCACGCUGGUGUCAGAAGGUAAAGAGCUAGAAAUCAAAGAUUCAGGUCAGACAAAGUGCUUUGUGGAGAGAAGCCAGGCUCUGGAGCAAGCCAAGUUCCCACCGGAGUCCAUCUUCAUCCCAGAGUGCAACGAAGAUGGGACGUUCGCCCAGGUCCAGUGCCACACACUUACAGGAUACUGCUGGUGUGUAACCACAGACGGCAAGCCCAUCAGUGGCUCCUCAGUGCAGAACAAGACUCCAGUGUGCUCAGGAAACUUCCAUGAAUUUAUGGGAACUCAUGCUGGGACAAGUGGAACGACAGGUUCAGUAACUGAUAAACCUCAAGGACCACCUAGCUCUGGGAAAAAAGUCUCUUUCCGGUUCUUUCUCACCCUUAACCCAGAUGAUGGCUCCAAACCCACACCAACAAUGGAGACCUACGUCAUCCCAGAUGGUGAAGAGAUCAUAGCCCCCACACUGAGGGAGAAGCAGCUACCCACCAACAAACAGAACAUCUCCAGCAGCAGAAAGCCAGAGAAAGUUUCGUCUUGUGACCAAGAGAGACAGAGCGCGCUCGAGGAAGCUCGGCAGAACCCGAGAGAGGGAAUCUUUGUCCCAGAAUGUGGGCCUCAUGGCCUGUUCAAGCCUGUGCAGUGCCACCAGUCCACUGGCUACUGCUGGUGUGUGCAGGUAGACACAGGACGACCCAUACCUGGAACCUCGGCCAGAUAUAAAAAGCCAGAGUGUGUAUUUCCUCCCUCUGAGUCUGAUAUGGAGGAUCCUUUCAGAGACAGAGAGCUGAAUGGCUGUCCAGAUGGAAAGAAAGACGAAUUCAUAAUACGCUUGUUGGAUGCCCUAACGACAGACAUGGUAAACACCAUUAACUCACCAACUCCCUCUGGUGGUGGGAGAUUUGCAGAGCCUGAUCCGAGCCACACUCUGGAGGAGCGUGUGGUGCAAUGGUACUUCUUUCAUCUGGACAACAACGGCAGCCAUGACAUCAGCAAAAAGGAGAUGAAGCCCUUUAAACGCUUCUUGAAAAAGAACGCCAAGCCCAGGAAAUGUGCUCGCAAGUUCGCUGAUUAUUGUGACUUGAACAAGGACAAAGCAAUUUCUCUGCAGGAGCUGAAAGGAUGCCUUGGGGUCAAUAAAGAAGGUACUGCAGCAAGCAGCAGCAGUCAGGGGACAAGGCAAGGAACUAAUUUGUUCACAGGCCGUCUAGUGUGAGGACAGAAGCUUCCAGAAGAUGAGUCAAGAAUAGAAAGAAGACAGGCUGAGGACUUGAAAAGUAAGAGAGGAAAAAAGAAGAGGUUCCUAAAGAAGAAGAAGAGAAAAAAAAAACAAGCUUAAAUGAUAAAGUUGGAGCCAAAAUAUUUGCACUUUCUUCUCCCAUCGGUAGACAUUUGCUCUGUCUCUGAUUUUGUUGUAAACAUUUUCUGGCUUUAUGACGUCUGAUGUACGUGGACAAAACCUUGUAUAAGAAAAUGGCACUCGUACACGUGGCUGACUGCCUGCUUCAAACCCACACGACACGUUAUAAGUGUAUUAUCAUGUGUGUUCAAGAAUACUAAACUCACCGCAAGGUCUAGUCAGUAUUAUACACCAACCACAGCAGGUUUUAAUCACAAAUAUUUCAUGUAGUCUUUCUGAAAUAGCUGUCAUAGAUGCACAUAACCAGGUUUUUUUUUUUUUUUUUUUUUGUAAGAUCACUUCUUUUAUUUUUACAUUAAUAUGUACAGCUUUUGGACGAAUCAAGAACAGAAAACAACAUGGGUUACAGCUUCUGAGUAAUUAAUCAUAAGCAUAACACACAAGUUAAUUGAGAUAAGCUGCAGGUUUAAUCAUAUAUCAUAUGACCUGGUGAGCUUUACCCGAAUAGUAUCUAAAGAUAAUGGGACAUCGCAGAUGAAGAUCAUCAUUUAAAGACUUUAGUUGUUAGUAACCACUUUAUUAGGUGUAACUGCUUAUUCAUACAAUUAUCCAAUCAACAAAUCAUUAAAAAAAACAGCCUUAACAGAAUAAUAAUUAUAUAAAAAAUAACAUUAAUAAUAAUAUCUACAUAACGUGUUCUCUUCCAAAAAAUGAUUGCCUUCAUAAUAACUUUGUAAAUACUGCAUAACACAUUUUUACAAUUAGACUAACAUUUUCUGUAACAAUUCAUCGUAAAAUAUAUGAACAAAUUUUCAGGAUUUUUAACACACUGUAGAAAAUAAACACACUUGUUUUACAUAAGAGGUAACAAUUUGCUUAAAAAUCUUUCAGAGAACAGCUUGUGGACAAAACUGAUAAAACAAAAAACAAAACAAAAAAAAAAAUACACGUUCAUGCUGUUACUUUGUCUUUUGUAAUAAACGUCUCCUCAGUGAUAAACAUGACUUACUCAUGGCAUACAAUGAACGCAGCACGAGCGAGUUUCUCUAAGGUUUCAUUUCCUGAGAAGCUGAAAGUUUCCUUCACACACAGCAGUACGGUCACGUUGUAUAAUGAAUUUAUUUAUAGAAAUUCAUAAUAUAUUAGCAGCACGUGAGAAUAUAAAGCAAGACUAUAAAUCAGACGUUUUCUUUUUACUCAAGUGAACACACAUUGCAAGGAUGUAAACCAUCUACUAAAUUAUUAGAGACUCUGCCUUUCUGUGUUUAAUGAUAGCGCUUCAAUAAUGUUGUGGAUUUAAAUGCUGUUUAAAAUGGAAAUGCAACAUUUUUUCAUCAGAUGCUCUUGAUGCAGAAACCUAAACCCUGCGCUGUCAGGAUUUGUUAUUUGACCAGUCUUUCUCAUUCAUGGAACAUUUAAACAUCCUGUCACAUUAUGCAUUUGUCACAGGUGCCACGUAUCUAUCGUAACAUUAUUCUUAAAAUUCUUAUAGGCAUAAACUGAUGCUUAUAGAUGAGUUAAAAAGUCCUUAUGUACACCUUUUAAAUAAAGAGGAAAUGAUAGUGAUGAUGAUGAUGAUGAUGAUGAUGAUGAUGAUGAUGAUGAUGAUGAUGACGACGAAGAAAAAAUAUCCCGGAAUAUCAUGUGAUGUGAUCAUUCUGAUAGACAAGGAGGUGUGUGUGUGUGUUUGUGUGUGUGUGUGUAUGGAGAUGUCCUUAGAUGUGAUUGCUUUUGGCUUGUGAAAGGAAAAAAUGAAGCAGUGAAGUUGUAAAUAUGUAUCAUAUGUGCUUUUUUGCUUUUUUCAGUUUUCAGCAUCUGUCAUGCAGCAGUCUUACUAAACACAGUUUUUACCAGCAUUUAAAACCUCGUUGGAGUAAAUUGUGUAAUUAAAGUGUUUUGCCCUCA